UUGCCAUUAGGUUUCGCGUCCCCACCCUGUCCGCUCUGUGUUUUCGUUCCUCGAGGGGGGUCACCGGUUGGUAUCGUCGAGGGUCCGAGUGAAAGCAACCAGCAGCCGAGCACUGAAGGGUCCAGCUAGCAGUCGAUCGGAAUACCAGCAGCCGAACACGAAGAAACCACAUCAAGAUGACGAAAGGUACCUCCUCCUUUGGUAAGCGCCACAGCAAGACCCACACUCAGUGUCGUCGAUGUGGUAGGAGAUCGUUCCACAAACAACACAAGACUUGUGCCGCCUGUGGAUUCCCAGCCGCCAAGACACGUUCGUACGAAUGGGGAGCCAAGGCUAAACGUCGGCACACCACCGGUACCGGUCGAAUGAGGCAUCUCAAGGAUGUUCCCCGCCGAUUCAAGAAUGGAUUCCGAGAAGGCACCGUUGCCACCCGAAAAACUGCCUCGACCCCAAAAGCUUGAGAUGACUAAGCUACUCACUCUCCCUGUCCUCAGUGUGGUCUCCUCCUUCGUCUAUCCCGCAGAGAUGUUCCAAGCCCAGUAUAUGAUCGAUGCAAUGUCAAUCCUACUCACUUCAUGAAGGUUCCCCACACGGACAAGUGAACUAACUUGAAUCAACCAUCAUUGCGUUCUCUGUCCAAGCCCGCCUCCGUUGGAAUUAGUAUGACUCUCAAUGUGGGCUCCACGUAUAACUUUUAAUCAUAUGCUUCUAUGCAAACAUUUCCUCAUC